UUCUGCGACCCCGGUGGCUGCCUGAACGAGCCGGUGCAGGCGAUAGCCAUUCUGCUGCUUGCUCGUCUGCUGAUCAGCAACGCCGCCGAGCUCGGCUAUCCGCUACUCAAGAGCAUCGUCAAAGAGGAAUUGCAGAAUCAAUUUUCUUGUUGUCGCAUUUGUACUGCGGACAGCAAAAAGUACCUUGCUGCAGUGCAUUCACAAGUACUAAGUAGUGGUGAAGUACUGAACACCGAGUUAGAUGGCGACUUUCGGUCACUGCGUUUGCCUCAGUUCUCGUCAGUUUGA